CCUAGCUAAUUGCAGCGCCCUUCUCGACAGCUGCGGUUCGUAUUUAUUAUAAGAAGAUGGCUAAUCGUUUGAAAUACACUAGGAUACAAUCAAUUCAAUCGACAAAAGAAGCUAAGAUUGACAAGAGAUUGCAGAAAACCAUAAAAAAACAUGAAGAUACAAGAGGAAGAAGGUGUACGGUAACAACUGAAAUUCCGAAUGUGUGUUUGGACUAUUACAAUAUGGGGAAAGCGACACGAGAUGCAAUUUUAGAGAAAAAAAGAGUAGCCGAGAGAAUUCGAUAUCAACAUAUAAAGAAUAACCCCGAGCAAUGUGCAGUGCGAAAAGAAAAAGAAAGAUGCCGGAUGCUCGGAUCCAAACACUGA